AUUGCAGGGUUGAUACGGAAGAUUCCGGGGUCCCCACCUGUCAGCCUCAGCACCAGGGCUGACGCAGCGAGCAAGGCAAAGCAACCUCGCAUUCCUUGCCGCGGAGGUGGGGCCCACCUUGCCACUUGCCCGCCGUUCAGGCCGGCCGGCUAUAAAUACCCGCCGCCUCCGCCUGCGCCUUCGUCUUCCUCUCCCCAAGCCAUUCGGCAAAAGCUCUCUCGAGGGAAGCGCGCAUCCAUGGCGCUCCUCUUCCGCAUCUCGCUCCUCCUCCUCCUCGUCCCACUCAUCCCCACCGCCGCCGCGUCCCACCACCACUCGCCGGCGGGAGGAGGAGGAGCGGCGGUGCCGCUUCACCCGCGCCGCCACCACCGCUCCGUCGCGAACACGGCCACGGCGCUGUUCUACCCCGCCCCUUCCAUGCACCAGAACCACAUCGAGGCGGAGGAGGGCCAGUUGCUGCACGUGCUCGCCGACCCCUUCGCCGCCGCGCCCGCCGCUGCCGAGGCUCCGUCCGGGGAGACCGCCAUCGCCGCGGUGGGAGCGGCGGCGGAGGAGGCGACCCCUACGCUGAUCGACGACUCCCCGCAGCAAGCAGCGGCCGCAUCACCACCACCACCACCACCACCUCCUCCUCCUCCUCCUCCUCUCUUCGCCAAGCCGGAUCUGGACUCCACGGCGCCACCGCAGCCGAAGGAGGAGGGCGUGGACGGGUACGGGUCGACGACGGCGACGGCGACGGUGACAGCGGCUCCGCCACUCGACGAACCUGCUGCAGCCACGGCCACGACCACGACCACGACCACGACGACGCUUCCGCUCCCGAGGUACAGCCACGUAGCGAGCCCUCCUCCGCCUCCAGUCCACGCCGGGGUCGCGGGCUUGGGCGACGAGCAGCGCCUGGAGCAGCUGGCGAGGGUGCUCUCCUCGCUGGGGUACAACGAGAUGGCCUCGGCGGCGCUGCUCCUCGCCAACUCGGCGUUGCUCGCGGCGUGGCCAGGGUCGAUCACCGUCUUCGCGGCUCCCGACGUCUUCCUCCGCGCCUCUUGCCCCAUGUGCUCGCGCCGCCAUGUCCUACUGGAGCACAUCGCCCUGGGCUACUUCCCCUACACCGAGCUCGCCGCCGCCUCCACCGCCAAGCUCCCCUCGGCUUCCCCGGGCUUGUGCCUCAACCUCGCCUCCGACCACGGGCCGUUCGCCAUCCACCACGUCAGGCUCUACGUCGACGGCGUCGAGGUCUCGCACCCGGAGCUCUACAACGACGGGCGCUACGUCGUGCACGGCCUCCACGGCUUCCUGCCGCCGCUCUCCCACGGCUCGUGCUCCCACGGCUCGAAUCAUCGCCACCACUACCACUACCAGUACCACCACCACCACCACCACAUCAUCGCCAGUUCGGCCGCGUCGUCCGCCGCGACCGCCGCCUCCGUGGUGCGCAUCAUGAUCCGGGAGGCCAUCGCCCGCCUCCGCGACAGCGGCUACGGCUUCGUGGCGCUGGCCAUGCGCGUCAAGUUCGCCGAGCUCGAGAGGUUGGCGAACAUGACGGUGUUCGCGCUCGACGACCAGGCAAUCUUCGUCGGCGGAGGCCACGACUACGUCUCGGCGGUCCGCUUCCACGUCGUCCCCGGGCACCGCCUCACCCACGCCGACCUCCAGCGCCUCCACCCGGGCACGAUGCUCCCCACGCUGGCCGGCGAGGGCCAGAACCUCGUCGUCACCCAGGGCGCGUCCGGCUCCGGCUCCGGCCCCAGAGACGUGCGCAUCAACUACAUCCCCAUCAAGGACCCCGACGUGGUGAUCAACUCGCGCAUCGCCUUGCACGGCGUCUACGUGACGUUCCCGCGCCUCCACCUCGCCAACCUCGCCGCCGCGGUCGCCCUCGCCUCCUCCAACCAGAUCAACGCAACCUGCGGCGUCUUCGGCGACUGCGCCUCCGCCGCGGCGACCUCUACCACUGUUCCGGCUGCUCACCGCUACGGCGAAGGGCAGUGAUCGCGUGAGUGCGUCUCUUUCGUCCUCUGCUUCUAACUAGCUAGGAUUUAGCACCUGCCGGUUUUGUCUGUCUCUGAUUAGGAUGAGUAAUGUGCUGUGAUGACAUAUCGUGCUACUGCCUGUACGGUUCUCGGUUCAUGCCAUGGAUCAGCAACUGCUUGAAAUGAAUGAGAUCUUGAAAGAAUUUUCAGCGGCCAUGCUGAUUUCGUUUGAGCAUUUA